AUGUCUGAUUCUGAAAACGAAGAUUACUUAGAUUCGAAAAAGCGAAAAAAAUCUGCUGAUAGACAGAGAAUAGCUGAUAAAAGACUUAAAGAUAAAGAAUCACGUGAUCGUGAAAAAGAAGCCGACAAACAAAGAAAAGCUGAUAAACGUCUCAAAGAUAAAGAAUCACGUGAUCGUGAAAAAGAAGCCGACAAACAAAGAAAAGCUGAUAAACGUCUAAAAGAUAAAGAAUCACGUGAUCGUGAAAAAGAAGCCGACAAACAAAGAAAAGCUGAUAAACGUCUCAAAGAUAAAGAAUCACGUGAUCGUGAAAAAGAAGCCGAGAGACAUAGAAAAGCUGAAAAACGUAUCAAAGAUAAAGAAUUUCGUGAUCUUGAAAAAAAAUUUGAAGAUGCAAAGCUAUUAGGUCCUACUGAAAUCUGUUCGUGUUGUGGAUGUUUAUGGUUUAUCACACAAAUUCGUUCUUUCAACAUAGUUAACUUCACAAAAUUGAAUGACAAUGAGAAAGCACAAAUCGAUUUCUUUAAUUUAAAAGAAAAUUGUCAUUUUUGCAAUACAUGUUAUCAAGAUAUAUUAAAGUCUAAAAUUCCUCGAUUAUCUUUAUCUCAUGGACUGAUGUUUCCAGAAAUACCAGAAUGUCUUAAUAGUCUCAAUGAUUUAGAAGAAAGAAUGGUGUCCGCAAGAAUAAUAUUUGAAACAAUAUUACAUUUACCAAAAGGUGGACAGUAUAAAAUGAAAGGAAAUGUAGUUAACGUUCCAGUAGAUCCAAAUGCAAUGCUUCCAUUAUUACCAAGAAUUGACGAUGAAUUGCACAUUAUAAGAGUACAAUUAAAAAGACGUAUUAAUGAUCCACCUCGAUUGGAUAACAAAGACUUGUAUAAAACUGUUAGACCACACGAAUUAAAGCAAGCACUUAAUUUUUUAAUUAAACAAAGUGCCUAUAUAAAUGCUGGUGUUAAACUAAAACAUGACUGGUAUAAACGAUUUCCCAAAGAGUUUUCUCAAAUAAAUGAAUCAGAAGAAGAUAAACUAACUAAUAAUAUUAUUAAUGAUGACGAUGAUAUUGUUGGAUGUUUAGAUACACUUUUGGAUAGUGAUGAUCCACAAGUUGGAGUAGCAUAUGCUCCUGGAGAAGGAAAAAAGCCUUUAAAUAUUUUGAUUGACAUUAAUGCUGCAUCGUUGGCUUUUCCUAAGCUUUUUGCUGGCCAAGAGCGUCCGUUAAUUACUAAAACUAUGAAAUUUUCAGUAGCAGAUUACGCAAAAUCAGAAUUAAGAAGACAUGAUCGCCGUUGUGCUGAAAAUAUUCCUUAUCUUUUUUUUACAUUUAAACGAAAGCAAUGGAAUGAGGCUAUAAGUGCUACAAAUAUUUUUAAAAGAAAAAUAAAAGGACAAGCGGAAUGGUCAGUUAAUGAUGCGUUGGACAGCACAAAAGUUAAUAAAGCUAUUGCAUCAGACAAGGCAUUUAAAAGCAUGUCCAAACUUAGGACAAGUCCUUCUUAUUGGGAACAAAAGCGUGACGAAACCAUAGCAAUGAUAAGACAACUUGGAUUGCCAACUUUAUUUUUCACUUUAUCCGCAGCCGAAUCAUCUUGGGAUGAACUACUUGUAAUUUUAAGUAAAGUUUUAAAUAAUAUGUCAAUAACAUUAGAAGAAGCAAAUAAUCUUCAAAGAGACGAAAAGUUAUCAUUAAUAAGACCAUUUGGAAAUAAACGUGUUAUCGAAAGUUAUUAUAGAGUUGAAUUUCAACAUAGAGGUUCGCCGCAUAUACACGGUCUUCUUUGGCUAUCUGAUGCACCAAAAUAUGACAAAAAUAAUGAUAAAAGCAAUGAUGAUGUUAUUAAUUUUAUUGAUGAAAUCACAUCAACAUCUACAACAGCUUAUUACGAAACGGAUGAUGAAGAAGAUACACAAUGCGUUGAUGAGGAUACAACAAAUCUCAUUAAUACGGUGCAAAUACAUCGACAUAAAGAUAAUUGUCUUAAAGUAAAGAACACAUCUUCAAUCAAACGCGAAGAAAUAUUUUUAAGACGUUUACCUAAUGCAGUCAAUAUCAACGCAUAUAAUCAAAUUUGGCUUAAAUUAUGGAGGGCUAAUAUAGAUAUACAAUAUUGUCUACAUCCAUAUGCUUGUGUUAAAUAUUUAUGUGCCUAUAUAAGUAAAUCUAUGCGUGGGAUGUCGUUGUUAUUAAAGCAAGCAUCAGAAGAAGCAAAGAAAGGUAAUAAAACAAUUCAAGAACAAGUACGACAUUUAGCCAACACUUUAGUUAAUGGAACAGAAAUAUCAGCUCAAGAAGCGGUAUAUCACGCUUUAAGUAUGGAUAUUUCUCGAAUGUCAAGAGUAACAAUGUUUAUAAAUAAUGGCCCACCAAAUGAAAGAUUUCAAAUGUUGAAAUCCCGUAAAGAUUUAGAAGAAAUGCCAGGUGACUCAAAAGAUAUAUCAAUUAAGGGUCUUUUAGAUCAUUAUAUGGCGAGACCAGUGAUAAUUGAUAUAGUUAAUAAUUUGUGUUUAGCUGAAUUUGCUGCGUCAUAUAAUUAUUGCAAAUCAAUAUCUUCUAAAUUACUCGAAUCAAAUAAAAUUGACUUUGACUUCGACGAUGAAGAAACUAACGAUGAAAAAAAAGAUCUUAAAGAUGACAAAUGCAAAGAUUUAUAUGAAUCUAAUAUCGAUACAAUUAAAGCAAAUUUGAAACUAUUUGAUCCACAAUUAUUAGAAACUGAAUUAUUCAACGUCAUUAAUGCUAAUGAUAAAGAAAACGAUGCAAACGAUAUAAAUGAAAAUUCUAAUGAUGAAAUUUCAAAAGAUCAUGAAAUUUUAAAUAUUAGAUCACCUAUUGCUAAUAUUUUUGAUGAAACAGACGAAUCAAAAGAAAGCACAUCCAAAUCUUAUAUUGAUAAAAUCACUGUUCCAAAAAUAAUAGAUGAAGAUGAGUAUAGAAAAAUGAUGAGAUCAUUAAAUAUUGAGCAACGCAACAUUACAAUGGAUAUUCUACAUCGAUUUAAAACAGGCAAAACGCCAUUUAAUAUAAUAUUAAUGGGAUCUGCUGGUGUUGGUAAAAGUCAUGUGCUUAAAUGCAUUUAUCAGUCAAUAAUUCGCUUUAUAAACACAAUACAAGGAACAGAUUUGGAUUCAAUCAAAAUAUUGAUAACUGCAUACACAGGAAAAGCAGCAUGGAAUGUUGAUGGAAUAACAUUACAUGCAGCAUUAGCUUUUCCACAUCAGCAAAUAUCUGGUGGAAAUUUGAAUAAAUUGUCUGCCGAUACUUCAAAUACAAUGCGCUGUAAAUUAAAAGAUUUAAAACUAUUAGUUAUAGACGAAAUAAGUCUUUGCAGUAAUAAAAUAUUUAACUGGAUCGACAAAAGACUAAAAGAAAUAUUUCAAAAUACUUUACCAUUCGGUGGAAUUUCCAUACUAUUAAUUGGAGAUCUUCAUCAAGCAAAACCAGUUGGUGGUGGAUGGCCAUUUAAAGAAGCAAAAGAUGGAUAUAACGCUAUAAUCGGUCCUUAUUUAUGGAGAAAAUUCAAAUCAUAUGAAUUAUCAAUAGUGAUGAGACAAAAAAAUGACAUUUAUUUUGUUGAUUGUUUGAAUAGACUUGCAAAUGCUGCAUUAAUUGAAAAUGACAUUAAAUUACUUAAGUCUCGAUUUAAUGUGGACGAUUCUUGCAAAAAUAAAUCAGUUUGUCUAUAUUAUACUAAUAAUGAAGUUGCAUUGCAUAAUACAAAAGCGAUCGAAGAUAAAGUGGGUGAAUUACUUAGUAAUAAAGCUAUUGAUGACAUAAGAGGAUACCGGGAUAUAAAUGAGAGACAAAAAAUUAUUGACAAAAUUGAAAAAUUGACAUAUCAGGAUACAAAUGGCUUAAUGAACAAUAUAAGUUUCAAAAUAGGAUUAAAAUACAUGAUUACAUGUAAUGUUGAUGUCUCUGAUGGUUUAUUUAAUGGUGCAUUUGGGACAUUAAUGAGAAUUGAUAAAGACAAAUAUACAUCAAAUAUCAAUACAAUAUGGUUACAAUUUCCUAAAAAUUCUGGAUUAGAAAUUCGCCGAAAGUACAUGGAAUAUAUUAAACAAAAUUUUAUUCCAAACAAUUGGACACCAAUAGAACCAAUAAAAAAAGAUUUCCAAAUGGGUGGCUUUCUUAAUGUUCACGUAACACGUUUACAAUUUCCACUUGUGUGUUGUGAAUCCAUGACAAUACAUAAAAGUCAAGGAUCAACAUUUGAACAAGUUAUUGUUAAUUUAACAAAACAUUUACCUCGAGAGUUAAUUUAUACAGCAUGUUCUCGAGUUACAUCAAUUAAUGGAUUAUACCUGGAUGGAGAUUUUAAAUUAAUUGAAAAUCUAAAGCCAAGACAAAGUGAUAUGGAAAUUUUCAAUGAAAUACAAAGAUUACAAUCAGAAGCAAGACUUCAAAUGAUAAUUAAACCUUUAGAAUGCUCAAUACGAAAAGAUUAUGCUAUUACUUAUUUAAAUGUUCAGUCAAUCAGAAAAAACAUUUUAGAUUUACAAUAUGAUGACAACAUAUUGGCAUCUGAUUUGUUAAUUUUAGUGGAGACACGGUCAAAAUGUCAAUACAACUUAUUACCUAAUAUUGGACAAAUCUAUCAUAUACCAUUUUGGAUUGAUGUUUCCAUUGACGUAUCUAUAACUGACAUAAGUUCUCAAUCAAGUGACUCAUCAACUAAACAAGAAAAUGAUUUGAUAAAGCCAUUAGCAAAACAAAGCAAAAUUUCUGAAACAAUGUCAGAAAUUCUUUUAGAUGACAUUAAAGAGUCUUCAGUUACAAUUACAAAACUAUCUCAAGAAACAAUUCAAGAUUAUUUGAAAGUGAAAGAUUCAAAAGUAUCUGCUAAAAAGUUAUCACAAGAAGAUAUAGAAAAGUACACGCAAUUACAAGAUCAUCAAAUUUCAAAUAUUUGGCUUUCAAAGACAUACAACAAUUAUCUACAUGAAGAUCUUAUAACAAGUGAUUUACGAUUACUUGAUGGAUCAGAAAACAAUGGAUGGCUAAACGAUUCUCUAAUUACAAAUGGAAUGGCUGUUAUUUUUAACAAUCAAGCUAAUAAUAAUAACUUACUUAAUUUUCAAACUUCUUAUCGUUUUCAACAAAAUUAUCCAUAUUUAAAACCUAAGUAUUAUUUCACUAAUGUUGGACAAGAAUUACACCAGAUUGUUAACACUGGUAACCAUUGGAUUUACAUCAAUGUUCAAUAUACAUCAUCAACAACAAUUACAUGUAAUGUUUAUGAUUCGGUUAACACAUUAACUGUUAGCGAAUUAAUUGUACGCGUCGCAAGUGCACAUAUAAGACAACUCGACAUAACACCUCAAUUAAAAUAUCAAUUUUGGCGAGUAACAAAACAGCCAAAUUCUAAUGAUUGUGGUGUUUAUGCUUUAAUGAAUAUGGCAUUAAAUAUUUCUGGUAUUAAUCCAAGUUCAAUAAGACAAACUGAAAAUAGUUUCAAUUUGCGUCAAAGAUUACAAAGAUGGUAUGAAUCUGGACAAAUUUCAUUGCCAAUUACUCGAAAUACCGAAGCAAAAUCCAAAUACAUAACAAUACCAACUCUACAUUGUUUGUGUUCGAAAACAUUUAAUAAUAAUAUGAUUCGCUGUACACAAUGUGGUGAAAGAUUUCAUCAAAAUUGUCAGCAGGAUAAUAACACAACACAAAGCAAUUUUGUUUGCACAAAAUGUGUUGAACCAAAUCAAGAUAUUUACGAUGUAUUGUAA